GGGCCGGCAGGCGUGAAGCGCGUCCCCCGUGAGCUCCGGUGGUGCGGCCCGAGGCGGCCGCGGCGGGGAGGCGGGAGGCGCAGGGCUGCGGCACAGAGGGCAGCAUGGCGUACCCCGGGCACCCUGGCGCCGGCGGCGGCUUCUACGCAGGCGGGUAUGGAGGGGCUCCCGGAGGGCCUGCGUUUCCCGGACAAACUCAGGAUCCGCUGUAUGGUUACUUUGCUGCUGUAGCUGGACAGGAUGGACAAAUAGAUGCUGAUGAAUUGCAGAGAUGCCUGACACAGUCGGGCAUUGCUGGAGGAUACAAACCUUUUAACCUGGAGACUUGCCGGCUUAUGGUUUCAAUGCUGGAUAGAGAUAUGUCAGGCACAAUGGGUUUCAACGAGUUUAAAGAACUCUGGGCUGUACUAAACGGCUGGAGACAACACUUUAUCAGUUUUGACAGCGACAGGAGUGGAACAGUGGAUCCCCAGGAAUUGCAGAAGGCCCUAACAACAAUGGGAUUUAGGUUGAGUCCCCAGGCUGUGAAUUCAAUUGCAAAACGAUAUAGCACCAAUGGAAAGAUCACCUUCGAUGAUUACAUCGCCUGCUGCGUCAAGCUGCGAGCUCUAACAGACAGCUUUCGAAGACGGGAUACUGCUCAGCAAGGUGUUGUGAAUUUUCCGUAUGAUGAUUUCAUUCAAUGCGUCAUGAGUGUUUAAAUCAGGAAGAAGACCUAUGAAGAUAAUCCACAUUCAUUCCGACUGGAGUUCUCCUUUGCUCUUUGCCUUCAGUAAUUGUGUGCAAACUUACACAGCCACUUCUCCUUAACAGCUGUUGUAAAGGUUUAUUACUUUAUGUACAACUGAAUUUUUUAGUUUUGAUAAUAUAUUCUUUGGAAUGUUAUUAAUAUCAGAUCCGGUCAGUUAAACACCAUUUAGAACUUCCUUGAGCCAUUGUUAAUCAUGCCUUAUUUUCUUGCUAAGCCUCUUUUAUGUAAAUUUAAGUGUGCAAAUUGUUUAAGGCACAUUAUGUAUUUUUCAUUGUAAGCUACUAAAACCUUUUCAUCAGACUACCGCUGUUGUCGUCCCUCUUUUAGAAGGGCUUUUACAUGGUAUUGAAAGCUUUAUAUGUGACCCACUUGGAUGCAAAAAAAACAACAACAAAACAAACCUGGUAAUAUAUGUCAGGAAUCUCCAGUGGAAACUUAACACAAGCUUAAAGGCUUACAGAUAUUAUUUUGAUGGCUGUAUAAAUGGAAACUGGUUGAAUAAUUUGGCAAAUACUGCCUGUCAUCAAGUUUCUUCUUGUCAUCAUCCAUGUAGACCUUUGCUAACUAUACUUAAAAAUCUUGAACAUUAUGAGCUUAACUAUGUAAAAAAGAAAAUUGAUGGGAAAAGACUAAAGGAAUAUAUGAAAAUAUUAACUGUGGUUAUUUUUGGCUAAUGGGAUUCUAGGUGACUAAUUCCCUUUAUGCAUUUAAGUAUUUUCCAAGUUUUCUAUAAUGUGUUUGCUUUCCUUUUAAAAUCAGAAGAUGCUAAUUUUUAAAAUGGUGAUACAUCCAUUUUGAUAUGCCAUGUGUUCACACUUACAUUAAAAAAUAUACACAGUACAGACGUAGAGAAUGGACUUGAGGAUACGGGGAGGGGGAAGUGUAAGCUGGGACAAAGUGAGAGAGUGGCAGGGACAUAUACACACUACCAAAUGUAAAAUAGAAAGCUAGUGGGAAGGAGCUGCAUAGUACAGGGAUAUCAGCUUGGUGCUUUCUGACCACCUAGAGGGGUGGGAUAGGGAGGGUAGGAGGGAGACUCAAGAGGGAGGAGAUAUGGGGAUAUAUGUAUAUGUAUAGCUGAUUCACUUUGUUUUACAGCAGAAACUAACACACCAUUGUAAAGCAAUUGUACUCCAAUAAAGAUGUUAAAAAUAUAUACAUACACACAGUAAAAGGACUGGAAAGAGUAUACAAAAACGUUGAUGUGGCUUCCACUGGAAGUCAGAAUUAUGAGCUCAUUUUCCCCCUUCCUGCUACUCUUCCAAAUAUUCUCUGACAAGCAAGUAUUACAUUUAUAAUGGAAGACAUUUUUUGUUUUAAUUUUUAAACCAUGUACUAGUAAGGUCUGGAUUCUAAUGCUGGCUGUGCCUCUUACUAAAUAUGUGGUUUGAUCAUUUUAGAUAAACUCAGAGCCUCAAUUUCCCCAUCUUGGAAAGGAGGUAAUACAUGCCUCCUGGGGUAGUCUGAAUAUGAAAAAGUGUUGGCAUGAUAAGCACCAGUAAUGUUUCUGUUUCUUAAAUUUAAAGCUGGCCUGGUUUGCUAUUUUUAGCAAAAGA